AUGGACUCGGACCGCGAAGAGACGUUGGCAGUGGAGGUUGGACCAGAGGGACAGGACCAGGACGAUGACGUCUACGUGCCCGUUAAAAAGCGAAAGGAAAUGAUGCAGGCUCAGCGCCUGGCUCGGCGCAAGCAGCCCACGCUCGAGGAGAAGGCGCGCGAGGAGCGUCGCCGCCAGCAAGAGGCCGAGCAGGGGGCUCGUGAGGGACCUGCAGCUGGCAUCUCUCUCAUGGAGGCUCACGAAAAGCUCAAGCGCGCACAAGGCCCGCGCGUCGAGUCGGAACUGGACAUUCAGCUCAAGCAGGAGGAGGAAAUCCUUCGCAACAUUCGCCACGCCAAGGAGCUCAAGUCCGUCGAGGAGUUGGCCAAGGGUAUUUCCUACACAGAACCGCUCAAAACCUCUUGGCGCCCUCCUCGGCGACAAUAUUCCCCCACCUGUGCGCCGCUUUCAAGACUUGAAGCUUGCCCCGCCCAUUCAGCGGCUUUUGGACGCCAAGGGUAUUGUCAAACCAACUCCAAUUCAGAUGCAAGGUUUGUCGGCGUGCCCGUGGCUUUGUCGGGACGUGAUAUGAUCGGGAUUGCAUUCACGGGGUCUGGCAAAACUCUGGCCUUCUCCCUCCCCGCUCUCAUGCUGGCCCUGGACCAGGAGAUCAAGAUGCCUUUUGUGGGGGGCGAGGGCCCCUUUGCCAUCAUCAUGGCUCCCAGUCGCGAGCUCGCCCGCCAGACCUAUGACGUUUUGAUAGAAUUUACCGAUGCCCUGGCGAAGGAGGGCUAUCCCCAGCUGGGCAUCAUGCUCUGCAUUGGUGGCUUGUCGAUGCAAGAGGUGAUGGAGCGUUGCCAAAACGGUGUACACAUUGCCGUCUGCACUCCAGGUCGCCUCAUUGAUGUCCUCGGCAAGAAGCGGAUCACCCUGGACGUGUGCCGGUACUUUUGCCUGGACGAGGCCGAUCGCAUGGUAGACAUGGGCUUUGAAGAUGACAUUCGAACCAUCUUUUCAUACUUCAAGGGGCAGCGACAGACGCUACUCUUUAGUGCUACCAUGCCUACCAAGGUUAAAGACUUUGCCGCCAGUGCCUUGGUCAAGCCGGUGACAGUGAAUGUUGGUGGCCGAGCGGGUGCGGCUUCGUUGGAUGUGAUCCAGGAGGUGGAGUAUGUCAACCCCGACUCGCGCGUGGUGUAUUUGCUCGAGUGUCUGCAGAAAACACCACCGCCCGUGAUGAUUUUCUCGGAGAAGAAGCAGGACGUGGAUGACAUCCAUGAAUAUCUUCUGCUCAAGGGCGUCCAUGCCGCGGCCAUUCACGGCAGCAAGGACCAGGAGGAGCGUGACAUGGCCGUCAAGGGUUUCAAAGAAGGCCGCAAGGAUGUCUUGGUGGCAACAGAUAUUGCUUCCAAGGGCCUUGACUUCCCAGACAUCAAGCAUGUCAUUAACUUUGACAUGCCCGAGGAGCUGGAAAACUACGUGCAUCGUAUCGGUCGUACUGGGCGGUCCGGCAAGACGGGUCUGGCCACCACCUUUGUGUCCGACAUGGUGCCGAUGACGACACUCCUUGAUCUCAAGUAUCUGCUCAAGGAGGCGCGCCAACGCAUCCCACCCUUUUUGCGCAAACUCAAGUCGGAGCACGAGCGCUUUCUGGGUACCGGCAAUGUCCAAGGUUGCAGCUACUGUGGUGGCCCAGGACAUCGUAUCACAGAGUGCCCCAAGCUCAGCAAUGUCCAGCAGCAGAAGACGCGCGACAUUACCUAUGGUUCGGACUUUUUGAACGGUGGUGACAAUUGGUAG